UGGUCUCUGCGGCUCUUCUUCCGUAUUUACGGUCUUGUGUUUGCCCAUGUGUCCGGAAGUUUCUCUGCUCUUCUUCUGCUUUCUGUCAGUACAUUUUAAAAAAAAAACCUCCAGAGAAGAAGCUGUGGAGUUGUUAAACUUCUGUCGGGCUGGGUGACCCGGUGAACCCCCCGGGACUGAAACAUGGGCCUCCUGGCGAGGAUCCGGAAAGAGUGGUUCAUCAUCGGGAUCGUGUUGGUCAUCUUAUCCGCCAAAGUGCAUCCCAGCGUCGGCGUGAAGGGAGGUCCUUUAAAGCCGGAGAUCACCAUCGCUUACAUCGCCGUCUCGCUCAUUUUCUUCAACAGCGGCCUGUCGCUCAAAUCAGAGGAGCUGACCAGCGCUCUGCUCCACGUGCGGCUCCACCUCCUCGUUCAGACCUUCACCCUCGUCUUCAUCCCGCUCGCCGUGUGGCUGCUGCUGCAAGUGCUCACACUCACCGCCAUCGACCAAUGGCUGCUCAGAGGGUUACAGACGGUGAGCUGCAUGCCCCCUCCGGUCUCGUCUGCAGUCAUCCUCACCAAGGCUGUGGGAGGCAACGAGGCUGCAGCCAUCUUUAACUCGGCGUUCGGGAGCUUCCUGGGAAUCAUCGUGACUCCUGUUCUGCUGCUGCUGUUUCUCGGCUCGUCCUCCUCCGUUCCCUUCUCCUCCAUCUUCUCUCAGCUCUUCAUGACCGUGGUGGUUCCUCUGAUCCUUGGUCAGGUGUGUCGUAGUUUCCUCAGGGAGUACCUGGAGCGGCGGAAACCUCCGUUCGGCGCCGUCAGCAGUGCCGUCCUCCUCAUGAUCAUCUACACCACCUUCUGCGACACCUUCAGUAACCCCGACAUCGAGCUGGACCCCACCAGCCUGCUGCUGGUCGUCCUCAUCAUUUUCUCUCUUCAGCUGAGCUUCAUGCUGCUCACGUUUGCCUUUUCGACCAGGUCGGGCUCAGGAUUCAGCCCCUCAGACACGGUCGCCAUCAUGUUCUGCUCCACACACAAGUCUCUCACUCUGGGUAUCCCCAUGUUGAAGAUCGUGUUUGAGGGUUACGAGCACCUCUCUCUGAUCUCGGUCCCUCUGUUGAUCUACCACCCGGCUCAGAUCCUGCUCGGGUCCGUCCUGGUUCCUACCAUCCGGACCUGGAUGGUGAGCCGGCAGAAGUCUAGUCUGUUGUUGAGAUAGGGCCACACUUCAGCGCUGAGCGGUGAAACUGUCGACUCUUCAGCCCAUCUGACCCGACGGAAAAGAGACUUUUGCUCUCGCUGCUCGUGUGUCGACGCCCGCGGUGUGACGGCUGGACCUCGGCGGAGGGAUAAAGUAGUGCGUGCCUUAUCACAACUCAGACCUCAGUGCGAUGGAGGGAGGGGGGGCGAGGCACUCCAGUCGUCUCGAUGCUUUUCCGUUACAGAGACGGUGAAAAAAAAACUCCAUCGUAUGAAUUCUUUUAUACUUCAAAGAAUGAAAAGUCAAACAUCUAUUUUUAUAUGAAGUAUCUGAACAAUCCUGCAAAACCAAGGAGAGGAAAAAAACCUCGGCGGAGUAUCUGGGACCAGACGUCUUCUUUUUUCAACUUUUCGCACUUGUUUCUACGUUUUCUACUCUUCUUCUUCUUCAGGCACUCACUGCCUGCGAACAUGGACGAUGUUACAUUCACGGCGUAAUCAGGAGGCUGUUACGAUUUUGAGUUUAAAAAAUGUUGCUUUUUUUUUUUAAAUGAACUUUGAGGAAGGGAGUCUUCCUGAAAUAUAACAAACCAAAUACGCAUAUUUACCGCAUCAUGUUUUUACGACAUUCGCUCGGACAAUUUUCCGUUCCGACUGUGUCAAUCAGUAUUUCUGUUCAUUACGCAGCCUUACUAUGUACUAUACUGAUUCACCAGAACCUUCCUUUACGAGGUUUUGUUUAAGGGCUUCCUUGUUACAUUUCAGGCAUGAACUUGCCAAUAGAGUAAAACAGACAGACUGGAAAUCCUCGGUUUUGGGAACAUCUGAUUGAUGUUAUAGAAGAUAGCUUUAGCAUGUUACUUUACCAUUCUUACUUUCUUAAGGGUCACAUAUCCUCCUCCUCUUCAAACAGUGUAAAUAAGUCUCAGAGCUCCUCAAAACAUGUCUGUGCUAUAUAUAUAUUGACGUGUGAGCGGCUGAAAUGUCUUCUAAUGAGCGUUAGAGACAGGAAGCCGUUCAGCCGGAGACGUUCUCUGAGACAGAUGCUCCACUCUGAAGCACUUUGUGAAAUAAAUAAAAACAGCAGAGCGCCAUGGGGCCUGUAAACGGGACUUUCAGGGCGUUCAGAGUUUUCUUUGUGCCUUCGAGGGGCAGAAGUGGAAAAAGGAUGACACUAAAAGUUCAGAGUAGAGAGGAGUAUUUGAAUAAAAACCCAGUUUAGUCCUGUUCAUCUGCUUUGAAUAGGAAAGUGAGUGAUGAGGUCACACACACACACACACACACACACACACGGUACCUUCAGUAUUCCACAUUAUCCUCAAAUGGUUUGACUGAUGAAGGUCUAGUACUGAAACAUUUCCAAUUAAUGUUUUGGCACAUUGUUCUCUUACGCACCCGUCUUAAUGAAAUGGAUGUGCAGAGGUUUUUUAUUACUCUUGCCUUUAAACCGGCCAUAUCAGGUGUUGCUUUGGUCUAGCGGUUGUGUAAGUUCAACUCUUUGGCGACGAUUGUUCUUCAUGCAUCAAACAGUUACCGAACAACGUGAUCAUGCACCUCCAGCUGUUCUUUGGUCCAUCCAUUUCCAGUCCAGUUAUCGUUCAGUUUUCUCUCAUUUUUGUUACUGAUUUUUAUUGACCAACAGAGAAGUGAUUUAUCCCGUUAAGUAAAGAUGAACAUAUCUUUAACAAAUGAUCACUGGAGCUCAUUGUCACCUUUUAAAGCACAAACGUCAUUCCAUUGGUCGCCCAGUUACAGCUGAGUUCACAGUCUGUCUGUUUACAGUGUGAUUGUAGUGUGUUAUGGGAGGAAAGAUAUUGACUGAGAUAUGUAUGGGUCUGUUCUUUAACUUCUUUAUAUUAAAAAAAGAGUUGAAGAAAGUAAA